AUGGCGAGUGCUCAGUUGUUGGAUAUUGGUACGAUAAAAACUAAUAAUAAUCCUUCUGUUGGAGCGAAUAAUCAAAAAGGGAAGAAGAAACAUGAGGUUCAUUCAUCUCCAUGUGGGUUCGGCUUCGAAAGAUUUUGUGGACAUUUUAAGUGUUUUGAAGGCAAUUCAGGCAAAUCAUGUAUUACUGUGAUGAUGGUAACACUGGCUUUAAUAAUGCAAGCUGGCAAAAAGUUACGUGUGAAGGAUAAAUGUGAUGUUCCAGUUAUUGAUGAAUUAGCUUCAUUGGUUGAUAGAUGGUUCCGUGAGGAAAUCGAAGAAGACCAUUGGUUUGAAUUGAUCAAGACCAUAGCUCGAAGAGAAAAUUGUACUCUGGUGAAUAUAAAAACCAAUCAAUUUGUUUGGGGAUUUUUGACAGUUUCGACAAAAAUAGCUGACAAGAAAAUACAGAAUGCACAAACGUCACUUGUUAAAGGUGCUAUUAUCGUGACCAAGUUAACUGAUGUCUUUGGACGUGCUUCCAACGAAGGUUCAGAUGAUAAUUUGGAGAAAGCUUUGGAAGCUUUAGCUUUACUUGGCCAUGCAAAUAAACAAUUAUGUUUUUUAAGACGAGAAAACAUGAAACCAAACAUGAAGGGUGAAUAUUCUCAUCUUUGCAGCCAAACUCUAAAGUACACUGAUCAUCUAUUUGGUGAUGAAGUGUCAAAAACUGUUAAGGACAUCUCAGACUGUUCUAGGAUCAGCAAUAAAAUUUCUUAA